AUGGCUAAGAGGGCCGAAAUUGUAAUCGGCAUAGACUUUGGUACAACCUUUUCGGGCCUCUCAUGGGCUGUAAAUUUAGGUGAAAAAAAGGUUUCUGUGGUAAACUCCUGGGAAACCCUAACUUCGUUUCGUCCUACGAACGACAAAGUCCCCACUCAAAUAUCAUACACCGGCAAUGAACCUACUUCCUACGGCUACACCGCAAAUAAAAAACCCUUCAAAUGGUUUAAAGUGUUACUGCAACAGGGUCACUACUCAGAAGGUGUUAAAGAUGUGAGAGCAGCUCAGGAUAGUCUUUUAGAAGUAUCAAAGAGUAUCGACGAAGUAGUAUCAGAUUAUCUUCGUUGGUUAUGGGGACGAGGCAAGGAGGAUAUAUCUAGGAAACAGGGCAGCAACUUUGAAGGAGAAUAUGAAUGUCGAGUAGUACUGACCGUACCAGCAGUGUGGAGUCCGGUUGCAAAAGAUCGUACGUUGAAAGCAGCAAAGAAAGCCGGCCUUCCUUCGAAUAUAAAGUUGGUCACCGAGCCCGAAGCAGCAGCAUUGGCGACAUUGAAGGAAGUAUCCAGCGAAGAAAGGCUGAAUCUAGGAGAUGUUUUCAUUGUCUGUGAUGCUGGUGGGGGUACAGUGGACCUCAUUAGCUACAUGGUUACCGAAACGUCCCCGCUUCAAAUAAGAGAAUGUGGCGUCGGGGAAGGAGGGCUUUGCGGUUCUAUAUUUCUCGAUCUGGCCUUUGAAAAUUUUAUAAAAACCAAAGUUGGGGAAUUAAAGUAUAACAGUAUCCAAGAGAGACAUAAAAAGAAAAUGUUGGAUGAAUUUGAGAACCAGAUAAAAUGGAAUUUCGAGGGGGAUGCCAAAAGGCUUUACUCCGUAGAGCUUAGAGGAGCAGGUGAUGAUCAAGAGGAAGACGAGGAUUUGAUCGAAGUCGAAGGCGGGACCAUUUGCAGUAUAUUCGAUGAUGUUUGUCGCAGGAUUGACGCCCUUGUGGAAAACCAAAUGGAACAGAUCAAGGCCGAAGGCCGGAAUACCAAGGGGGAGGAAAUAAGAAACGGACGGGUUGUAGGGUGGAAGGGUUUUACUCCUAUCCUAGAGCGCAAGCUUAUGUCCACUAAAACCCAUAGCUUUACACGGACACUAUACUACUCCGAACACAAAGCUGCGCCCCGCAGAAGACUUGAUGGUGCUAUUCCGCUUGCCACUAUCAGCUUUGAAAUCGAUACCGCAAAGAUACUGAAAUUGAAAAGACGGAAAGGGGCUGAUGGGAACACGUGGAUUGAUGUACAUUCUAAUGCGGAAAUUAAGUUGCACAAUGCAGACUUGGGAUUUAAUGUUUUCUUUGAAGGGGAGAGUGUUGGUUAUACUCAAGUCGAAUACAAGGAAGAUUCCGGCUAG